CGUCAGUCAGUUGUUGUUUUGAAACGUUUCCGUGUGGUCGCUUCGCUGUUGUCGGAGAGCGCUUCGUUCUGCCGCGUUGCCAAAGCAAAAUACGCGCCAAAAAAAUUAACGCCUCGUAUGUGCAUUAAUGCAUAGAGAUGUGUGAACGGUGAACUAGUGCAAAUAUAGAAAGCUAAUAGAGCCAAACGCUAAAAAAAGGUAUUUACAAAAUUACUCGCGCUUGCCGCCACAAAAAAGGCAAACAACGAAAUAAAUAUUCGUCGAAACGGCGACCACAACAAACCAAACAUAAUUGGAUCGCAUGCCGGUUAUUGCGACAAGCACACACACAAAAGUAAAUACGUAUGUGUAUGGGUAAUCUAUUGUCGCGUGUGGAAGAGUUUGGAUUGCAACUACUAAAACUACAAAUAUGAAUAUAAAUAAAACAAACAGCAAAUAACAACCAACAACAACUACACUAGAAAUUUUGCAUAGUUGAGCGAGAAAAAGCAAACAUUUCUCAGUUGUGCUCAAGCUUGUUAACGAGCACAUCAGCAACACAACUACAACUACAACAGCAAUAACAACAACAAAGAUAACAUCGUCAUCGUCAUCAUCAGCAGCAGCAUCAUCAUCCAAAAGCCCAGUGCAAAAUGUCCGCAAUUAGCAGCCGCAAUCAGAAGAUGGAACAACAGCGCCAGCUGAUGGACGCUUACAUCCGGCAGAAGCGCGCCUCGCCGGGAAUGGUGCAGGCAAGUGACCUACAGAUCAACCGGCCCAUGUCCGGCAUGCGAAGCAACAGCCGGGAGCUGCAUGCGUACGAUGGACCCAUGCAGUUCAUGGGCUCGACACAGAAUCCGGAUCAGAUACUGAGCAACAACAGCGGCAGCGUUAACCUGUCGACCUCAGUCCACUCAAAUCGCAACAAUUCGAACAACUUGCGCAGCCUUAGCACCAUCAAUCAGGAAGGUAAGUUGCACUCACGCGUAGAGAGUUCAAAACUAGUUUUACUUAAAACUGCUCUUCAUUUAGCCGACUUGAUUGAGGAGAUCUCGUCGCAUGAGCUGGAGGAUGAGGAGAGCAGCCCGGUGACAGUUGUUGAGCAGCCGCUGCCUCCGCUCAGUGCCAACUCGACACAAUCGCAGCGCACUCGCUUGCGACAGCAAAGCUUCAGCGAUACCUUGGAUGAAGAUGACUACGCUAAUCGGAAUAUCUCGAAUGUUGCCCCAGUGCGUCCGGCAGGCAUCAGUUCGUCCUACAAAGACGAUGGUGAGAUGGAGGGCAGCAAUGGAGCAGGCAAUGGCAGCGGCAGUGUUGGGGGAAGCGGCGAGUCCGAGGGAGAUGUCAUUGGCAACAUUGAUCAGUUCGUUAUGCAACCGGCGCCGCAGGGAGUGCUCUACAAGUGCCGCAUUACACGCGAUCGCAAGGGCAUGGAUCGGGGUCUAUUUCCUAUCUAUUAUCUGCACCUGGAGCGCGACUAUGGCAAGAAGAUCUUUCUGCUAGGUGGACGCAAGCGUAAGAAGAGCAAAACAUCCAACUACAUCGUCAGCUGCGAUCCCACCGAUCUGUCGCGCAAUGCGGAUGGUUUCUGCGGCAAGCUGCGUUCCAAUGUGUUUGGCACCUCGUUCACAGUGUUUGACAAUGGCAACAAGGAAAGCACAGAGAGUCCUCGUCUCGAUCUGGCAGUAAUCAUCUAUGACACCAAUAUACUUGGCUUCAAGGGACCACGCAACAUGACUGUGAUACUGCCAGGCAUGACGGAGGAUGAUCAACGCGUCAAGAUUAGCUCAGCGGAUCCCAAGCAGCAAGGCAUACUCGACUUGUGGAAAAUGAAGAACAUGGACAACAUUGUGGAGCUGCACAACAAGACGCCAGUCUGGAACGAUGAAACUCAAUCGUAUGUGCUCAAUUUUCACGGUCGUGUCACGCAGGCAUCGGUGAAGAACUUUCAGCUGGUGCACGACUCCGAUCCAGAGUAUAUAGUCAUGCAGUUUGGUCGCACCUCCGAGGAUGUGUUUACCAUGGAUUAUCGCUAUCCUUUGUGCGCCAUGCAAGCCUUUGCCAUAGCUCUGAGCAGCUUCGAUGGCAAGAUUGCCUGCGAGUGAAGACGAGCACACACAAAUUGUCCUGAAUGCAAGGACUUUUCGCAGCACUUGCGAUUGCCUUAUUUAUACUCACUCAUUGUUUCAAGUAAAUAUCUGGAAUAAAAGCAACUUUAAUGUUCUUCUGGCAUUUAAGAGUCACCCUUCGACUCCAUCGAGAACUUCAGCCAGUUGCAUAUAUCUUAAAUAUCUGUAUAUCUGUCAAUUCACAACUCGAAUUAUAUCUACGUAAAUCCUGAUAUUCUCAGUAAUCUCCCUCUCUAAAUGUUUCACUGCUCAAACGUCAAGUGUAUGUAGUAUACCUAAAGAUCUGUAUUUAGCUAUUCCACAAAUCUAGUCACCCGGCCUGGUAGAUAACAAACCAAAUAUAAUAUAUAUAUGUAUAUGUUUAGAGAAGUACAUAUAUAGUAAAAUUUAUGAGAUAUUGUAUAUUGACGGCUAACUUCAUUGUACCAUUUAUGCAAAAUAAAAAUGUGCUCACCGAUUUUGUAAAACGGGAAAUAAUGAAAGAAAUCAAAAUAAUGCAAAAUGCAAGAGAAUUUUAUAAUUUGAAUACAGCUGGCGAGCGAAACGAAUAUACAAAAAAAUAUAUAUAUAUAUAUACUCGUAAGCAACUAUUUAUAUUUAUAUGUAUUGAUGUGUAUCAUAAACGAUUACUAUUAGUCCAUAAGAGAGCAUUACUAUUUGUGCCGAGCUCUUCUUACAAUUAAGUCAGAAUCUUACGUAGCAUAUAAUUAUUUUUCAACAUAUAUUUAUGUAUGUAUUACGAAUUAAGAAAUUGUCAAUAAAAAUCAAUACAAAUCGAAAUGCUAUUA